UGUAAACAAAAAUACGUAGUGACAGCGUGCGUGGGUGGGAAACAAAAAUAUUGUGAAACAUUCAAUGAAGUUCACGACGUCGGCAUAUCUGUGUGAAACACAUGGCAACACUUCCGAAAUUAAACAGAAGAAUUUACCGAAAUUUAAAAAAGUGAAGUUGUCAUUACAACAAAAUACACAAUGAGUGGCAUAAGGUUGGAUGUACAGUGGUCUCGCAGUCAUCCUACCAAGUUCAUUACGUGGGGCACUGAAAUUUAUCUGUAUGAAGUAUUAUCAAAAGCUGACACACCAAGAGCAACAUGUAUAAAGGUGUCAGACAGUACAUAUGCGAAUCUGCUAGCCACAAAUUCGAGCCAUCACUACAUCAAAUGCAUUGACAUAUUUCCUCACCCAGAACCGGAUAUCCUCCUGGCUGUAGGACAAGCAAGUGGCAAAGUGACACUCACUGCUUUUGGACCAACUGUGUUUGAUUCCAGAGGGAUUACUGGCAAGGAACUUGUCCCAAGACAUUCAAGACAAUGUAAUGGUGUUGCUUGGAGUCCUGUGGAUAGCAAUUUACUUGCUGUUGGUUUAGACAAAAACAGAGCUGACCACUCAUUGUUGGUUUGGGACUUAACCAGAUGUCAUUUGCAACAGCAGAUGCCUGACAGUGUUCGGCCUUGUGCAGAACUAGGGCUGUCAGAGACAACUCACUCAUUAGCCUGGUUACAGCCAAGAAAUAUUGUAUUAGGAAUGAACAGUAAACAUUUGAAAGUAUUUGACAUCAGGGAUUCGAACAGAGCAGUGAACGCAACUAACACAAAAGCUGUGUUUGGUGUCUGUAUUGAUCCACACAUGGAGAACCAGUUAGCAUCAUUUAUUGAAAACCAGAUAUAUAUUUGGGACCUGAGAAACUUUGAGAAGCCUGUGCUCACACUAAAUCAAGGGAAACCUGUCACAAAGAUUUUAUGGUGUCCUACCAGACGUAAUCUUCUGGGGUCGUUGCUUAGAGAUAGUUGCUCCAUAAAUCUGCAUGAUAUUCGGCACACAGUUGUGGGAACUGAUGAAGUGGAACCAACGCUCUUGGAGAGAAGUGUGCAGCCAUGUAGUACACACAGCAUAACAUCAUUUUCAUGGCAUCCGGCUUCCGAGAACAGAUUAAUUGCUAUUGAUGCUGUAGGAUCAAUCAGGGACUAUAUUGUAUCAGAAAGAAUUACAGUGAACUGUUCUCCACGAUUUGACCUAGUUUGGAUUCAUGGUGGUAGAUCUCUGAAAAAACUCAAUGAAAAUUUUGCAGUUUAUGGAUUAUGCAGUGAUAUUUCCACAACAAUGAAGAAAAGAGCUAUGAAUGAAUAUGGGCUGAAGCCUGAUAUAUCUCAGAAUGGAAGAUUAGCUGAGGAUGAAAUGCUGAACUCUAUUUGGAAAUGGGUUGGUGUAGCUCAGUCUCUUGUUGAAGAAGGGGUUAUACGUGCAAACUGUGGCAGAAUUCCUGGAAUUAGGAACAUUCUCAGGUUGGAACCUGUGCAAGUAAAUAUGAUACCAGGGAUGAAGUCAGAGAUGGUCACAAUGCCUUGGGCAGAUCUUGGAAGUACAGGAGCACAUGUUGCUGCUAAAAUAUAUAAAAGUGAAGAGAGGGAUAAAGCAUUGCAGCUUUGUGGUUGGAAAAUUGAUUCCCAAUCUUUGUCAGACUUUCUUGAUGGCCUAGAGGUGGAAGGAUCAUACUCCCGUGCAGCUGCCAUUGCCGUGUUCAACCUCAGGCUGAGACUUGCAGUUGAGAUGUUGAAUCGUGGCGCCUCUAGGAAUAAUGAUUCCAAAUAUACAAUUGUGGCCAUGGCCCUGUCUGGGUUUUCAGAUGAUAAAAACAGCAUGUGGCGAGAACUUUGCAUCACGUCUCGCUCUCAUCUCUCUGAUCCUUAUCUGCGUGCUCUAUUUGCGUUUCUCACUGCAGACUCUGAGAAUUAUGAUGGCAUCUUAAAUGAAGCUGGCAUUGCAGUAUCAGACAAAGUGGCUUUUGCUUGUGUAUUCCUGUCUGAUGUGCGACUAGCUGAUUAUCUCCAGCAACUAACUGUUUCAUUAACUGAAGAGGGUUCACUUUCUGGAUUCCUGCUCACAGGUUCAAGUGGCGAAAUCAUUCAAAUUAUGCAAAAUUAUGUUAAUAAUACUGGAGAUGUUCAGAGUGUGAGCCUUUUAGCCAUACAGACCUUCACUCAAGAACUCUUGGAUAACGAUACUACACAAUCGUGGAUUGAAAGUUACCGUGAUUUACUGGACACUUGGCAGCUGUGGAAUCAAAGAGCACAAUUUGACAUUGUAUUCAGAACGUGCUGUCCCAGUAAACCACCAGCACAACAAGUUUUCGUCUCAUGCAACUUUUGUGGCAAGAGCAUAUCAGCACAGAUGCAGGGUCAUAAUAAAAAUAGAGGACCAUUUGCUCGUCUGGGUACUACAGCACAGAAACUGAAGAUGUCAGCAUGUCCUCAGUGCCGUAAACCAUUACCACGAUGUGCUAUUUGCCUCAUGCAUAUGGGCACAGCAUCAGGCACUUGCCCUGGAGGUGUAGCAAAAUUGACGGAAUUUUCUUCAUGGUUCACUUGGUGUCAAACAUGUCGUCAUGGAGGUCAUGCUGGACAUAUGGCUCAGUGGUUCCGGGAGCAUCUGGAAUGUCCUGUCACGGCUUGUAAUUGUCGCUGCUUGUCGUUGGAUGCGGCAAGCCAAAUUGGUCCUCUACAGUUGUGUAAAGCGUGAUACUUAUAAUUUUGGAACAGUGCAGUUCAUGAUUAUUCUUGUCUUUGCCUGAUAGUGCUAUUUUCUUAUGAUAUAUGUUUUCAGUUGAAAAACAAUAGCUUCAGUUUCAUACAUGGGUAGUAAAGGGAUGCAGUUUUUACUGAAGAUCAUUCUUGAAAUAUCCAUACACAGCUUCAUUUGUGGAAGUGGGGCAGUAGUCCUGCUUCAGCCCAUAUCUGAUGUAGGCUGAAGGAGCCCAUGUCCAUUUAACUCUGGCUAAGUCAACCACAGGACUGCUGCCUUCUUCCACAAAUGAAACAAUGUAUGGAUAUUCCAGACAUGGUCUUUAAGUUGAAACUGUGGAAAUUGGUCAGCCAUGGGACUGCCGCCUUCCUUCACAAAUGAAGCGAUGUGUGGGUAUUCCAGACAUGGUCUUAAGUGUAAACUGUGGAAAUUGGUCUUAUGCCCCUUUACCUCUCUGCUGCAAAUUUGUUUGAAUGUUACUCUCACUCAAGAGCUCUCACAUUGUUUGCUGAAUUUGUUUUAAAGCCGAAAGGCAAUAAAACAUUCAUGGAUAUUAAUAUACAGUUGUGAAACAUGUCCCAGUGACAUUGUUGCACUGUGUGCAGAUAUAAAUAAGAGUGACUGUUGUAACAGGUCCUUAAUAUUCCAUCAGACUAACUGUUGGUUUGAGGCAUCACUUUAUUCCAAUAACUAUGAUCUUAAUUAGUGCACAUGUUCUGUCAUAACUGUAAACUUUCAACAUUUUAAUUAUUUUUUUUUAAAACUGGAACAAAUUAUUUCCCCCUCCCCCCCCCCCCCC